UAGGCUAAGCGUGAUUGGUCUCAAGGAGACGCGGAAGCGCCUUUGGGCCGAGCCUCGGAGGAGACGCUCUAGGCUGGCGGGCCCGGGGCGUUCUGUCGCACGUUCGUGCCGGGAGCCGCCGUUUCCGGGCUGCUCUGGGUGGCCUCCUUGGGCGGCUAGCGGGGGCCGUGCAAGGUAUUAUGGGACAAUCAUGGCGGCUCUCGAAGUGUGGCUCCCGACUCUGUGAGGCCGUCUCAGCGAGGAGUGCUGGCGCCCAAGCCUCAGAAUCUGGGACGGGGGUCCCCGAGAGUCGGCCGUGGUGAGAGAAAUCCCAGAACCUGUCAUGGCAGACACCAGAGAGGAUGCCUCAAUCCAUCGACUGGAAGGCACUGAUCUGGACUCUCAGGUCGGCGGUCUGAUUUGCAAGACUAAAAGUGCAGCUAGUGAACAGCAUGUCUUCAAGGCCCCUGCUCCCCGCCCUUCAUUGCUGGGACUGGACUUGUUGGCCUCCCUGAAACGGAGGGAGAGAGAGGAGAAGGAUGAGGGGGAGGACAAGAAGAAGUCCAGAGUCUCUUCCUACAAGGACUGGGAAGAGAGCAAGGAUGACCAGAGGGAUGCUGAGGAGGAGGGCAGUGACCAGGCGGGCCGAAGUAGCCGGCAAGACAGACAUUAUCGACCUGCUCGGGUAGAGACUCCAUCCCACCCUGGUGGUGUGAGUGAAGAAUUUCGGGAACGCAGUAGGCAGAGAGAGCGGGAGCGACGAGAACAUGGCGUCUAUGCCUCAUCCAAAGAAGAAAAGGAUCGGAAGGAGAGAUCGCGGGACCGAGACUGUGACCGCAAGAGAGAGAGAGAUGAACGGGAUAGAAGCAGGCAUAGCAGCAGAUCGGAGCGAGAUGGAGGAUCGGAGCGCAGCAGAAGAAAUGAACCAGAGAGCCCGCGACACCAACCUAAAGAUGCAGCCACCCCUUCAAGGUCAACGUGGGAGGAAGAGGACAGUGGCUACGGCUCCUCAAGGCGCUCUCAGUGGGAAUCGCCCUCCCCAACACCUUCCUAUCGGGAUUCUGAGCGGAGCCAUCGGCUGUCCAGCCGCGAUAGGGAUAGGUCUGUGAGGAGCAGGUACUCAGAUGACACACCUCUGCCAACCCCAUCCUACAAGUACAAUGAGUGGGCUGAUGACAGAAGACACCUGGGCUCCACGCCCCGUCUGUCCAGGGGCCGAGGACGCCGUGAGGAGGGCGAAGAAGGAAUUUCAUUUGACACAGAAGAGGAACGGCAGCAGUGGGAGGAUGACCAGAGGCAAGCUGACCGGGAUUGGUACAUGAUGGAUGAGGGAUAUGAUGAGUUCCAUAACCCCCUGGCCUGCUCCUCUGAGGACUACGUGAGGCGGCGGGAGCAGCAUCUUCACAAACAGAAGCAGAAGCGCAUUUCGGCCCAGCGGAGACAGAUCAACGAGGAUAAUGAGCGCUGGGAGGCCAACCGCAUGCUCACCAGUGGGGUCGUCCAGCGGCUGGAGGUGGACGAGGACUUCGAAGAGGACAGUGCAGCUAAGGUGCAUCUGAUGGUGCACAACCUGGUGCCCCCCUUUCUGGAUGGGCGCAUCGUCUUCACUAAGCAGCCAGAGCCUGUAAUUCCAGUCAAGGACGCCACUUCGGACCUGGCCGUCAUAGCUCGCAAGGGCAGCCAGACGGUGCGGAGGCACCGCGAGCAGAAGGAGCGCAGGAAGGCUCAACACAAGCACUGGGAGCUGGCUGGAACCAAGCUGGGAGAUAUAAUGGGUGUGAAAAAAGAGGAGGAGCCAGAUAAGGCUCUGACAGAGGACGGGAAAGUGGACUACCGGACAGAGCAGAAGUUUGCAGAUCACAUGAAGAAAAAAAGCGAAGCCAGCAGUGAAUUCGCAAAAAAGAAGUCGAUUCUGGAGCAGAGGCAGUACCUGCCCAUCUUUGCUGUGCAGCAGGAACUGCUCACUAUUAUCAGAGAUAACAGCAUCGUGAUUGUUGUCGGGGAGACAGGGAGCGGUAAGACCACACAGCUGACCCAGUACUUGCAUGAAGACGGUUACACGGACUAUGGGAUGAUUGGGUGCACCCAGCCCCGGCGUGUGGCCGCCAUGUCGGUGGCCAAGAGAGUCAGUGAAGAGAUGGGGGGAAGUCUUGGUGAGGAGGUGGGCUAUGCCAUUCGCUUUGAAGACUGUACUUCAGAAAACACCUUGAUCAAGUACAUGACUGAUGGGAUCCUGCUGCGCGAGUCCCUCCGGGAAGCGGAUCUGGAUCACUACAGCGCCAUCAUCAUGGACGAGGCCCACGAGCGCUCCCUCAACACCGACGUGCUCUUUGGGCUGCUCCGGGAGGUGGUGGCUCGGCGUUCAGACCUGAAGCUCAUUGUCACUUCGGCCACUAUGGAUGCAGAGAAAUUUGCUGCCUUUUUUGGGAAUGUUCCCAUCUUCUAUAUCCCUGGUCGUACUUUCCCUGUUGACAUCCUCUUCAGCAAGACCCCACAGGAGGACUAUGUGGAGGCCGCCGUGAAGCAGUCCUUACAGGUGCACCUGUCAGGAGCCCCUGGGGACAUCCUUAUUUUCAUGCCGGGCCAAGAGGACAUUGAGGUGACCUCAGACCAGAUUGUGGAACAUCUGGAGGAGCUGGAGAAUGCACCUGCCUUGGCCGUGCUGCCCAUUUACUCCCAGCUGCCCUCUGACCUUCAGGCCAAAAUCUUCCAGAAGGCUCCAGAUGGCGUUCGGAAGUGUAUCGUUGCCACAAACAUUGCUGAGACAUCUCUGACUGUCGAUGGUAUCAUGUUUGUCAUCGAUUCUGGCUACUGUAAAUUGAAGGUCUUCAAUCCCAGAAUUGGCAUGGAUGCCCUGCAGAUCUAUCCCAUCAGCCAGGCCAAUGCCAACCAGCGGUCGGGGCGAGCCGGCAGGACGGGCCCAGGUCAGUGUUUCAGGCUGUACACCCAGAGUGCCUACAAGAAUGAGCUCCUGACCACCACGGUGCCCGAGAUCCAGAGGACCAACCUGGCCAAUGUGGUGCUGCUGCUCAAGUCCCUCGGUGUGCAGGACCUGCUGCAGUUCCACUUCAUGGACCCGCCUCCCGAGGACAACAUGCUCAACUCCAUGUACCAGCUCUGGAUCCUCAGCGCCCUGGACAACACAGGUGGUCUGACCUCCACGGGGCGGCUGAUGGUGGAGUUCCCACUGGACCCAGCCCUGUCCAAGAUGCUCAUUGUGUCCUGUGACAUGGGCUGCAGCUCCGAAAUCCUGCUCAUUGUCUCCAUGCUCUCGGUCCCGGCCAUCUUCUACAGACCGAAGGGCCGGGAAGAGGAGAGCGAUCAAAUCCGGGAGAAGUUCGCUGUUCCCGAGAGCGAUCAUCUGACGUACCUCAAUGUCUACCUGCAGUGGAAGAACAAUAAUUACUCCACCAUCUGGUGUAAUGAUCACUUCAUCCACGCCAAGGCCAUGCGGAAGGUCCGGGAGGUGCGGGCUCAGCUCAAGGACAUCAUGGUGCAGCAGCGGAUGAGUCUGGCCUCGUGUGGCACUGACUGGGACGUCGUCAGGAAGUGUAUCUGUGCUGCCUAUUUCCACCAGGCAGCCAAGCUCAAGGGAAUCGGGGAGUAUGUGAAUAUCCGGACAGGGAUGCCCUGCCACUUGCACCCCACCAGCUCCCUCUUUGGAAUGGGCUACACUCCGGACUACAUAGUGUAUCAUGAGUUGGUCAUGACGACCAAGGAGUACAUGCAGUGUGUGACUGCUGUGGAUGGAGAGUGGCUAGCAGAGCUGGGCCCCAUGUUCUACAGCGUCAAACAGGCAGGAAAAUCUCGGCAGGAGAACCGCCGGCGGGCCAAAGAGGAGGCUUCCGCCAUGGAGGAGGAGAUGGCGCUGGCUGAGGAACAGCUGCGAGCCCGGCGGCAGGAGCAGGAAAAGCGCAGCCCCCUGGGCAGUGUCAGGUCUACAAAGAUCUACACCCCAGGUCGGAAAGAGCAAGGGGAACCCACGACCCCUCGCCGCACCCCAGCCCGCUUUGGGCUAUGAGCUGAGGCUGUCCUUGCAAAGGAUGGAAGCCAGCUCUGGAGUCACACCCCGGGCGUCCUGACAGACCUGUCGCCUGUGUGCGUCUGGGCCCCUGGGGGAAGUGCUGCUGAGGCCCAGCUCUGCAGUGGAGGAAGUAGGAGCGCCUCAGCGCAGGCGCGGGGCAGAGCAGCCGAGGAGCCGCUCGGGAAGUGGCUGGACCCGUCGCCGCCAGGAAAACUGUCCCUGGACACUUGCUGUAUAAAAGACUUGGCCAUGACUAUGUUUUUUAAAGUUCAUGUGUAAAGCGGCAAAAUAGACCUAGAGGGAAUUGUAAUUUGGUUAUAAUUCAGGAUUUGGAAAUAAAUUUAUUGUUUGUAAAAUGUCA